AUGACCGAAACUGACCCCUCCGUCCUUGGAAAACGCGCCCGGAAUAACCAAGAAGAGCUCAAAAAUGAUCAUCAAGUAGACUCAAAUAUGUCUGCUACCUUCGACGAUAACGACGACGAUGAUUUAGGGCCCAUGCCCAUGCCAGCUGGGGCUGAAGGCGUAUCAAAGAAGAAGCGGAAAGUGCUCGCUCAUGAAAAACUCUACCUGGAUCAUCUACCACAUACUGAACAAUAUUAUAAGAGUUUCAUGCACCGAGAUACAAUCAACUUCUGCUUGGUCACAAAAACAGAUUUUCUUAUCACAACAUCUGUGGACGGACAACUGAAACUGUGGAAGAAACAAGAUACUGGCAUUGAAUUUGUCAAACAUUAUCGUGCGCAUCUUGGCCCUAUUACUGGCGUCUCAGCAAGUACGGAUGGGCAAAUGUUGGCCACCGUGUCAGACGAUGGGAACGCAAAAGUCUUCGAUGUGGUGAACUUUGACAUGAUCAACAUUAUCAAAUUGGGAUUUACACCUCACGCGUGCUGUUGGGUGCACAAGAGUGGUCAAGGUCAAGGGUUGCUUGCCGUAUCCGAUGCCUCUUGUGGGACCAUCCGGCUGUAUGAUGGUCGAGGAGGUGAUGUGCCGCUAGAGACUAUUGAGAACAUACACCGUUUUCCUGUGCAUAUCAUCACUUACAGCGACAAGUUCAACACCGUUAUAACAGCCGAUGAAGGCGGUUUUGUGGAAUACUGGCAACCAGAAGAGCCGUUUGGACAGCCUGAGAAUAUACCUGGGAUGUGGUCGUACAAAAGCGAAACUGAUUUAUACGAGUUCAAAAAGUCUAAAUCAACGCCAACUUGUAUAACUCUAUCACCGAACUCGUCGUCAUUUGUGACUUUCUCCCUGCCUGAUCGUCAAAUCCGGAUCUUCUCAUUCCUCAGUGGAAAGCUGACCCGAAAAUACGACGAGUCACUGACUGCAAUUCAAGAGAUGCAACAAGCAGGGACAGCAGUCUACAAGGUCGAAGAUAUGGAAUUUGGUCGGCGACUAGCUGCGGAAAGGGAACUUGAACUUCCUGGUCCUGAUGGUCGAAUUCCUGGCCGUUGGAGCAAUGUUGUCUGGGACGAAGGUGGUUCGUUCGUAGUAUAUGGUUCCCUUCUUGGUAUCAAAGUCGUUAACACUGUCACCAAUCGUGUUUCUCGCCUUCUUGGUAAAGAUGAGUCAGUAAGGUUUUUAAACCUGAGUUUAUACCAAGGUGGUCCAUCGAAGAGAACUGCAGCGACUGCGGCAAUGGCAGCCUCAGCGAAUCCCCUCUUGGCCGAACGGCAGUCUCGCGACCCAACUCUGUUCUGUACUGGCUACAAGCGUCAACGAUUUUAUAUAUUCAACAGAUCGGAGCCCGAAGAUAAUAAGUCAGGUGAUCGAGAUGUGUUCAAUGAACGGCCAACCCGUGAAGAACAGAGCAUCGCAACUUCUGCUCCUGUUGGGAAAAGUGGACCAUCCCCCCUGGCCAACGCGGCGACUAUCCACACAACGCUUGGGGAUAUUCACAUGCGUCUUUAUCCCACACAAGCCCCCAAGGCAGUGGAAAACUUUGUUGGCCAUGCUCGAAGCAGCUACUUCGAGGGCAUUAUCUUCCAUCGGGUUAUACCUAAAUUCAUGAUACAAACAGGGGAUCCCCUCGGUGAUGGCACUGGGGGUACAUCGAUUUGGGGACGGGAGUUUGAGGAUGAGUUUUCUGAUGAUCUCAAACAUGAUAGACCAUACACUGUCAGUAUGGCCAAUGCCGGUCCUGGAACCAACGGAUCACAGUUCUUCAUUACCACCACUGCAACGCCAUGGUUAGACAAAAAACACACGAUUUUUGGGCGUGUGCUAUCAGGUCUCGAAGUCGUGCAUGCGAUAGAAAACGUCAAAACUAACAAGGCCGACAAACCUUACGAGGACAUCAAGAUUAUCAAUGUUGAUGUAGAGUAG